UUUGAUCUUGUUAAUACUCUUAAUAGUGAAUCAGAAGAUAAUUUUUGGAUGGAGGAGUUUCUAUUACCUGGAAAUUUAGAAGUAUUCACUUAUUCAUUCCUUCUCACUCAAACAAAUUCUUAGUUUACUAGUGGAUCAAAGCUAGGGGUGGUGAAGACGAUGAGGAGAAGUGAAGAGAUCCAAUUCACCAAAAAACUUUACACUGAGGACGUGGGCCCCCGUAAAAUAAAAAGCAUUCAAUUUUCAACUUUCUCUGGUCCUGAAAUUUUGAAAUCAGCAGCAGUUCAAGUCUAUCGUGGAGUUUACUAUGAUCCCACCCAGAAAGCAAUUCCCAAUGGCCUGUUAGAUCCCCACAUGGGGCCUCCAAACAAGAACAAAUCAUGUGCAACAUGCAAUGGAGAAUUCCUACAGUGUCCUGGUCACUAUGGAUACUUAAAACUUGCUCUACCAGUUUAUAAUGUUGGAUAUCUGGACAACAUUGUGACCAUUUUGAAAUGCAUAUGCAAGGGCUGUUCACGCAUUCUUCUCAAAGAAAAUGAUCGUCAAGACCUCCUAAGGAAGACGAGGAAUACGAAGUUGGAUCAUUUGAAGAAGAAUGAGCUGCAAAAAAAAGUUUUACUGAAGUGCAACAACCUGACAACAGGCCACAAGACGGCAUUAUGUUCUAGAUGUGGAUACAUCAAUGGCAUGGUAAAAAAAGGCCCUAUGAAGAUCAUCCAUGAAAACGGAAGGCAGUUUGUAGAUGAGUGCCACAAUGCUCUUCCUAACAAGGGAUCGAUUAAUGUGCCUCCAGAACUUAACGCGAUGACAGUUUAUUCCCUUUUCAUGAAAAUGACAGAUGAGGACUGUGAGCUGCUUUAUCUCAGUGAUAGGCCAGAAAAACUUCUGAUUACAAGUAUCCUUGUGCCACCCUUAUCAAUCCGUCCUUCUGUCUUUUUGGAUGCUGGACUGCGAAGUAAUGAGAAUGAUAUCACAGAGAGGCUGAAGCUCAUUAUCCAAGCAAAUGCCAUUCUUCAACAACAAAUAUUGGAUGGGAUUCAUCCUGCCAAAAAUUCGCCUGGUUGGGUUGAUUUGCAAGCGGAAGUUGCACAGUACAUAAACAGUGAAGUACGUGGAUUGCCACCAUCAAAGCAACUUUCCAAGCCACUGAAUGGCUUUGUUCAGCGUCUCAAAGGAAAGCAUGGUCGUUUUCGUGGAAAUUUAUCUGGAAAGCGUGUUGAGUAUACUGGUCGUACUGUUAUUUCGCCUGAUCCAAAUCUCAAAAUUACUGAGCUUGCAAUUCCAAUCUUCAUGGCCCAAAUCUUAACAUUCCCGGAGCGUGUUUCAAAACACAACAUAGAAAAGUUACGGAAAUGUGUUCGUAAUGGUCCCCACAAAUACCCUGGUGCCAAGUAUAUAGUGCAUCCUGAUGGUACAGAGAUGUCGUUGAUGUACUCCAGUAGAAAGCGUCAAGCUGACGAGUUAAAGUAUGGUUACAUAGUUGUUCGCCAUUUGGAAGAUGGUGAUGCUGUUCUUUUUAACAGACAGCCAAGUCUGCAUCGAAUGUCUAUAAUGUGCCAUAGGGCAAGAGUAAUGCCUUGGCGCACAUUGAGAUUUAAUGAAUCUGUUUGCAAUCCCUACAAUGCUGAUUUUGAUGGCGAUGAGAUGAAUAUUCAUGUCCCACAAACGGUAGAAGCCCGCACAGAGGCACUUUUGUUGAUGGGGGUCCAAAACAAUUUAUGCACUCCUAAGAGUGGAGAAAUCUUGGUUGCCUCUACUCAGGAUUUUCUUACAUCUUCUUUCCUCAUUACAAGGAAGGACACUUUCUAUGACCGUGCUUCUUUUUCUCUUAUGUGUUCGUAUAUGGGAGAUGGGAUGGAUCACAUCGAUUUGCCAACUCCAACAAUAAUUAAGCCAGUUGAGCUUUGGAGCGGAAAGCAGUUAUUUAGUGUGCUUGUGCGUCCGUAUAAAAAAAUGAGAGUGUACUUAAACCUUACUCUGACUGAGAAAAAUUACAACACCGACAAAAGGCCAGAAACAAUGUGCCCAAAUGAUCGCUUUAUUUACUUCCGUAAUAGUGAGCUGAUAAGUGGACAACUUGGGAAGGCCACAUUAGGUGCUCUUAGUUUGGCAAUUGGAAAAGUCCACAGCCAAGGGUAAAGGGUGUUAAGAACAAAAGCACACACACACGAAUAGAAAGCAAGAAAGCAAUAGAGAACACGAGAUUUAACGUGGUUCGGUCUAAUCUGACCUACAUCCACAGGGGCAACUAGGGUUUGUAUUAUUGAGUGAUGAUGAUUACAAGUACAGGAGAUCAAAUAUAUAGACAACUAAUUAGGGUUUAACCCUUGCUGGACAAGUUAUAGCAAACUGGGCUUAAAACCAUUUGGGCCGGCCGAAACCCUAAUCUGGUCUCCUAAUUCUCAGUUGUCUACAAGUGGGCCACUUUGGGCCGAUGACUACACAUCACCAACAAUCUCCCACUUGGAGUCUUUGGACCAAACUGCGGCUCCUCUCUGUACUUCUGUAAAUGAAAAAUCUUCCUUGAU